AUGGCGGAUUCACAGGGCCUUAACGGCGCCGACGUCGAUUUCGAGGUGACGUGGCAGACACUGGAGAAGGCCUUCACCGAAAUCCAUACCAAGAACGCAUCUGCGCUCUCAUUCGAGGAGCUGUAUCGCGCGGCAUACAAGAUCGUGUUGAAGAAGAAGGGCCAGGAGCUUUAUCACAAGGUCGCGGGCUUUGAAGAGAAGUGGCUAGGAGACACAGUGCGGCCGAAUAUCACACAAUACCUUACAACACCGCUACAGCUUUCCGACCAUCUCGGUGCCCGCUCACUGGCUACCAUUUCAGAGCGGCUCGCGGCGGGCGAGAGGUUUCUCCACGAGCUGAAGACAGCGUGGCAGGAUCACCAGGUCUGCAUGGGCAUGCUGACGGAUGUCUUGAUGUACAUGGACCGCGUCUACUGCACCGACCACCGUCAGCCUCCCAUUUUUACCAAGUCCAUGGGGCUUUUUCGCGAUCAGAUUUUACGAACUCCACCAAGACCGAAUAGCGAUGACCUCCUCGAGCACCUCACCAAUCUAAUACUCGACCAAAUCCAGAUGGACCGAGAUGGCGAGGCUAUCCAGCCAUAUCUAAUCAAGUCAGUCGUGUACAUGCUGGAAGGACUGUACGACUCAGAUCAAGAGAUUGAGGAUGAAAAGCUGUAUCUUCGCGAUUUUGAGCCGCGAUUCUUGGAGAGCAGCGCUCGCUUCUAUCGACAAGAAGGUGAGCGGCUGCUGAAAGAGUCUGAUGCUGGCACAUAUUGUAAGCAUGCGAAGCGGCGGAUAGACGAGGAGGGCGACCGGUGCAGAUCGACGUUGCUGGAAACAACGGCGUUAAAGAUCCAAAGAGUCGUGGAGGAUGAGCUCAUCCGGAAUAAGAUGAAGGGACUUAUCGAAAUGGAAAGCGGAGUACGGUAUAUGGUCGACAAUGACAAGUUUGACGAACUUCAUCUAGUAUUUGACCUGGAAGCGCGCGUUGAUCCCAAAAAGCCGGAGCUUACGAAGGCUCUGCAACUGAUCGUGGCCGAGAUGGGCGCCAAGAUCAAUGAGGGAGCAAACACUGCCUCUCAACCGCCUCCUGCACCCCCGCCUGCUGCUGAGGAGGGCGAAGGCGAGAAGACUAAGAGCAACACGAAGCAGAUCAAUCAGCAGACUGCUGCGGCCCUCAAGUGGGUGGAAGAGGUUCUGGAGCUCAAGGACCGAUUCGAUAAAAUCUGGAAGACUUCCUUCAACGAAGACCAAAGCAUUUCGACUGCUCUCACUCGUAGUAUGGGCGAAAACAUCAAUGCCUUCAGUCGAGCACCCGAAUACAUCUCGCUCUUCAUCGAUGACAACAUGAAGAAGGGCAUCAAAGACAGGACCGACCAGGAAGUAGACCAAACACUUGAGAAGGCGAUCAUUCUACUUCGAUACCUUCAGGACAAGGACAUCUUCGAGACCUAUUACAAGAAGCAUCUCUGCAAGCGUCUAUUGCUCAAGAAGAGCCAGAGUACCGAAGUCGAGAAGCAAAUGAUCGCUCGCAUGAAGAUGGAGCUUGGCAACAGCUUUACGCUGAAGCUUGAAGCUAUGUUCAAGGACAUGACUAUUAGCGAGGAGCUCACUGCGGACUAUCGCAAGCGAGUUGCUGGUCUCGGCGAUGUGGAUCGCACACGUGUCGACCUGACAGUCAACAUCCUGACAUCAAUGACUUGGCCACUCGAAGCCUUCAAGAUCUCGUCUGAAGAUGAUCCGGAGAACAAGGCGCAGCUCAUCUACCCAGCGGAACUCGACAGGGUUCGCCAAGGAUUUGAGAGAUUCUACUCUGAGAAGCACUCUGGCCGAAAGCUGACUUGGCAGACCAGCAUGGGCGACGUCGAUGUCAAGGCUAGAUUCCCACGGUCACAGCGGGUGCACGAGGUCAACUGCUCCACCUAUGCUGCCCUUGUCCUUCUCCUCUUCAACAAGCUUCCACCAGGCACAACGCUCACGCUGGAAGAGAUUCAGGCGCGAACCAAUGUGCCGCUCAACGCGUUGAAGCGGAACCUGCAAUCCCUUGCCGUAGCGCCCAAGACUCGCUUCCUCACCAAAGAGCCCAUGUCCCGCGAAAUCAAUGCGAAGGACAAUUUCAAGCUCAAUGAUGAGUACAAGCCGGCCAGCGUCAAGAUCAAGGUUGGCGUGGUGUCUGCUGGUAAUAAGGUAGAAGGCGACAAGGAGCGGAAGGAAACGGAGAAGAAGAACAACGACUCCCGUGGUUUCCAGAUCGAGGCUGCCGUGGUGCGUAUCAUGAAGCAGCGAAAGAUGCUCGCGCACGCGCAGCUGCUCACUGAGACGCUCAACGUGCUGUCAUCGCAGUUCAAGCCGGACGUCAACAUGAUCAAGAAACGCAUCGAGAGCUUGAUCGAGCGUGAGUAUCUUGAGCGAAUGGAAGACGCACCUGUAGCUUCGUACAAAUACCUGGCAUGA